AUGGGGGGUUCAGCAGGGGUCACAAAGGGUUCAGAAGGGAUCACCAAGGGUUCAGCAGGGGUCACCAAGGUGAUUGGCUUAACGAAGCUACGCACCAAGUACCAGCAGUACGAGUCCAAGCGGCAGCUACUCGGCUCCUAUGACCUCAUCCUAGACGAUAUUGACAUCAUCCACCAGCUUCCACCACUUAUUGGCACAAAUUUCUUCAAAAAGAAGAAGCACCCGAUCCCUGUGAAGCUCGGGGGGAAGGACUGGGCGAAGCGUGUAAGAGAGGCAUGCGAUAGCACGUACUUGUAUGUGAGUGGGGGCAUGUCGAUGAGCGUGCGGGCGGCGAGGUUUGGCAUGAGUGAGGAGAAGAUUGUGGGGAACGUGAUGGCUGUGGUGGCGGGGGCGGUGGAGCAUGUGCCGAAGAAAUGGAAGAAUGCGAGCUCGUUGCAUAUACGCGCCACGGAUUCGCUCGCUCUGCCGAUCUACAUGGCAGAGGUUGAUUUGCCGACGAAAACGGCUGUUAAGGUGGUUGGACGGAAAGGGGAUGAGGAGGGAGUGGAGAGGGAGGAGGGAGAAGGGAGGAGGGGAUAA